UGAAUAUAAGACGAUUUGUUGAAUAGUGUGAACGUAAAACGUUUAACUACAGAUUUUCCCGUAAAAUGGCAGGCCAGGCUUUGCUAAAAGCAAUAUCUGCUGGACGCCCUAGACAAGUUCGUCUGCUACUAGAUUCUGGGUGUUCGGCAGACGAAUCUGACGACUGUGGACAAACAGCAUUAAUAAGAGCAAUUUUUGUAGAAAAUGAAGGGAGUAGAUUACAAAUUUUGAAAAUGUUACUAAGAAAAGGGACCGCCGUGAGUAAAGCUGAUAUUGUAGGACGAAAUGCGCUUUCCUGGGCUUGUAUUUACGGUCGAGAUAAAGAUGUGGACCUCCUUUUGCAAAAUGCAGAUCUUGACCUCGAUUUGAAUUAUACAGAUGUCAAUGGGAAUACGCCACUUUACCAUGCAGUGUCGUCGGGCAACGCCGCAACUGUUAGAUUAAUGGUUAUAGCCCUAACAAAAUAUGACAUGAGUGUAGACAUUCCGGACUAUAUGGGAUAUUCGCCUCUCAUGCAUGCAGUACGUUUGGGAUUUGACGUUUGCGCGAGUAUCUUAAAACAAAAUGGAAAAGCAAAGGUAGGGGUCAAUAUGAAAUACCCAAAGGAUUUUGAAAGUGCUGAAAAAUGGGCUGUUCAUAGUUUGAGCGACAGAGGGAAGGCUGUUUAUAAAAAUCCCAAAUUUCCUGCGAUUUUGGAACCAGAAACGAAAAAUAAAAUAAAGUAUAGAGAAAAUCGUGCGAGUCGUAGUCGAGUAAAGACUCAGUACUUUUCAGAAUCAGAUGAUGAUUCUUCUGUGGACUCUGAAUUUUCGUUCCCGUCCGAUUCUUCAUCUUGUGACAAUGGUGUUUUUGAUUUUCAAAUAAAAUCUUUCAUGAGGAAUUACCCGAAGACUGAACACAUUCCAUCAUCAAUUCUAGCACUAAGCCCAACGUCAAGCACGAUUGUAAAUGCCUCGGAAGAUGAAUUCGACACAUUUUCCUGUCCUUUGGGCGAAAAGCAAUCAACUACAAAUAUCAUCGAUGAUAUACCAACACUGUAUGGACUUAUAUCGGACCAAAUGUCGACCUCAUAUCGCCUCCCAGCGAAGCCUGCGCCUAUAACCCCUCGUCAGAAGAUUACAAAAGACUCUACCAUGUCAUCGUUGACCACAGAAAACAGUAAUUUGUCAAAAGGAUCAAAGAAAGGGAAAAAGAAUUUUGAAACACAGAAAUGGUCAGCGUUGAAGAAAAACUUGCGUCUCAGUCGAGUAAAAAAUGUUGACAAGAAAGAAACCACACCAAGAGAUUCUCCAUGGAAAAUCUACUCAGAUGAAAGCAUGUCUGAUACUGAGGACUUUAGGAUGCCACAUUCCAAUAGGCAGUCUCAACUACCUUCUAUCCCAGUUAGAAAAAUUGGCCUAGUACAAAAUAAAGACUCAAAUUAUUCACUUAUCUGAUAACAUAAUGCUAACAAUUUCAUUUUAGAAUGAAUAAAUCAAUGUUUCA